GCGGCCGCGUACGUUGCAUUGCUCGUCGCAGGCGUGGGUGCGAGACUGCUGGCGCCGAUGCGCGCAGGCCUUGACGGGCCGGCCAUGGACCUCGUUGAACUGCUCGUCGAGUUCGACAAGACAAAGACGUCGACGUUGACGCCCGUCGAAUUGUUCGACGAUGCGGCGUUCCACCCCCUGGCGCCGCCCAGCGUCAGGGCGCUGGCUGCCGGGGUGCAUCUGGGGGACCUGGCGAUGCGGGGCCCCGUCGCGCUGCCCGACCUCGCAGUGCCCGACUCCGUCGCGUUGCGCAGCGUCGAAAUAUUGGUCGCAGGUCUGUUGCUGACUGGCAUGAUGUUCAGCGCGCUUCAGACGUCGCUCGCAGGGGGGGUGGGGCUGUUGAUGCUGGAUUGCAGGGUGCUGGUCGACCCGGUCGCGCUGCGUGGCUUCGCUGCGGUCCCGGACGCAAUUGCUCGAACGGGCACUGCGCUGUCGGCGCUGGACCGCGCGGCGAUGCGCAUGCUAGCGGCGCUCAGCUCCAUCGCGCUGCUCGGCGUCGAGGUGCUGGUCGCCAACGUGCUCCUGUAA